UGACAGUUGUUUUGUGUGUGAACCAACAUUUGACCCGGGUUCUGUCUAAAUUAUACCUUUUAUUCCAAAUAAAGUCAGCUUUGUUUGACCCAAGCCUUGUUUUCUUAACAGAGCCGGUUUCAUUUAGAGCUAAACUCACAGUCAAAGUCCUGCUUUGGAGAGUUUAUGAUGUGAUCACACCUUCAGUGAGAUCAUGAUACAUUUGUUAUUGCUUCACAAAAUCGCCUCUGCAAAGGAGCUUCAUCUGCAUUCAGCUCUUGGGAAGUAUGGAGGACUUCUAUUACCAUGAAGAAGACGAGUCCAGUUACAGCGAAAACGAAACGUAUGAUUACAGCUAUGAACACGGCAUCUGUGACAAACAGGAGGUGCGUUCUUUCGGCGGAGUCUUCCUCCCGAUCAUCUACGCCCUGGCUCUAGUGGUGGGUCUUGCUGGGAACUCCCUGGUCGUGGUGGUCUACAUGUCACGGCUGAGGCUUCGGACCCUGACGGAUAUGUGCAUCCUUAACUUGGCCAUUUCAGACCUGCUGCUGCUCUUCACCUUGCCCUUCUGGGCUGCCGAUGCCGUCCACGGCUGGAUGUUGGGUGUGGCGGCCUGCAAGCUCACCUCCUUCCUCUACAGCACAAACUUCAGCUGUGGCAUGCUGCUGCUGACGUGUAUAAGCGUGGAUCGGUACCGGGCUGUGCUCCAAAGUUCCACUGGUCGGACGGCGAUAGGCCAACAAGUGAGGAGACAGUGGCUCCUGGUGUGUGUCGCACUGUGGUGUUUAGCCAGCUUUCUUGGACUUCCCGAACUCAUCUUCUCAACAGUGAAAAUCUCCCACCACAGGACUGGCUGCACGCCCAUCUACCCACACAGCAUGGCCCGGCCCGCGAAGGCUUCUCUGGAGCUGAUGGAGGUGAUCCUUCGCUUCCUUUUGCCGCUCUUAAUCAUGACAGUGUGCUACUGCCUGGUAGGGCAAGCGCUGAGUAAGGCUGCCGGGGUGCAGAGAGAGCGGAAGUGGCGUGCGCUGCGGGUCCUGCUGGUCGUGGUGGCUGUGUUCCUGCUCACCCAACUUCCCUACAAUGUGGUGAAGCUUUGCCGAGCGAUGGACAUCAUCUAUCUCCUCGUCACCGACUGCGAGGUCAGCAAGGGUCUGGAUCGGGCACUCCAAGUGACGGAAAGCCUGGCACUUACCCACGCCUGCAUCAACCCUCUGCUCUACGCCUUCAUCGGGUCUUCCUUCAGAGGUCACGUCCUGAAGACUGCCAAGCACCUUGGACAGCGACUGGGCCAACACUCGAGACAACUGAACGAGGAGCCCGCAGUGGAGAUGGCACUCCGCACUCCCGGUGAGAAUCAGUCUCAGUCUGGUUCAGAAGACCAGGACACCACGACCUUCACCAUCUAAGACCCCAGCAUGUAUCUCCUGUAAGCACUUAUCUACAACCUACGUAUACUUGAUAUUUAUUUACACACAUAAGAUACUAACAGCUACACAUACCAGACCAUAAAUGUAAGGGGCCUUCAUACAACUACGUAUUUUGUAUAAAUUAUGUAUUUUCCUAAAUAAAAGAGCAAAGUCUUCA